AUGCAAAAUCGGUCCUUUCUGGUUCUCGAGGCGGCUUUCGGCAAAAGCAAAAGGACAGGACACAAAAGACGAUUAACGCUUUGCACGCGCGCGAAUGGGUCACCGCGGCCUACAAAACGAAACGGAGGCUGCAAACGCAGGCGAAAGGAUUACAACCCUCCCUCGUCUGACCUGCAAGGCGGCUCGGGCCGUGAACCGCACAAUCCACCCCGGAGCGAGAGCGACGUUGUGAUUGGCUGGCUCCGGAAGGCUCCUCCCUCCCCCCCGCUCUCCCCUGCCGCAGCUCAUGGGACGGGCUUCAGAGCGCCGCCGGGUCCUUGGUGCAGAUCGGCGCUCGCUGGUGGUGUGGCCCGUCUCGCCUGUGACGUGACCAUGGAGACGCGGCGUUCCAUCCUCGGUCGCCUCCUGGGUCCGCUGUGCGGUGGGCUCUUGCUUUUCGUCCUCCUGCUCCUCGACGGCUCUGCUUCGUCAGAGGCGUAUGCUGUCGAUAUAGAAGUGAAGGAUGCUUCCAAUAUGACAUGUCUCUAUGCAAGAUGGAUGAUGAACUUCUCAGUAACGUAUGAAUCCAAUAUUAGUGAAUAUAAAAACCAAGCUUUUACGCUCCCAGAAAAUGUGAGGUAUGAUGGAAGCACUUGUGGUGAUGAAAAAAGCGGCCCUCGGCUGGCAAUAGAGUUUGGAGCUGGACACAUCUGGAGUAUCAACUUUAUGAAAACAAAUGAUGCUUAUCAAGGAAACAUCACCUUUAUCUACAAUACUGAUGAUGUGGAAUUAUUUCCAGAUGCUAAAAGGAAAGGACCAAUCGUUACCUCUGCAAACUAUCCUGUUCAUCCAGUUCAGUUACAUACAGUAUUCACCUGUCAUCACGUGGAUUCUGUUAAAGCUGGCAAUGUCACAAAUGACUUCUGGAACAUCAGUCUGCAGGCUUUCCUUCAGAAUGGCUCCAUAAGUACAAAAUAUACUCAUUGUGAUAAAGAUGUUACAGCUUCUCUUAAACAUGAUGCGACUGUUCCUACUACAACCACUACUGUAUUUACUACAACGGUCUCUACCACCACCACCACCACCACUGUGCCUACAACAACGGCCUCUACUACUACCACUACUGUACCUACAACGGCCUCUACUACUACCACUACUGUACCUACAACGGCCUCUACUACUACCACUACUGUACCUACAACGGCCUCUACUACUACCACUACUGUACCUACAACGGCCUCUACUACUACCACUACUGUACCUACAACAACAGCCUCUACCACCACCACUACUGUACCUACUACAACGACCUCUACCACCACCACUACUGUACCUCCUACAACGACCUCUACCACCACCACUACAACUGCUACUGUUAAAACAACAAUUUUGUCAUCUGCUCAUCUACUCCUUGUCAAAGCAAGGGAGAAGCCUAUCACAGGAAACUACUCGGUCAAUGUUGGUACCAAAAUCUGUCUCCUGGCAAGCAUGGGCCUGCAGCUGAACGUCUCUAAAGAACAGGAGUAUUGGUUUAUUGACAUUGAGCCAAAGACUACUGUAGCUACUGGUAGCUGCGGUGAAAGAUUUGCAGACCUCAGGCUGAAUGAUAACAACACCACAAUUAUUGAUUUCUUCUUUGCAGUUAAAAACUCAAGCUCGGAAAGGUUCUUCCUGAAAGGGGUGAACAUCACCAUAUUUCGUCCUGGCAAUGGUUCUCUUUAUGCUGCAAACAACAAUCUCAGUUACUGGGAUGCCUCCGUGGGCAGUUCAUACAUGUGCAGGAAAGAAGAGACUGUUGUCGUGACUGAGGGAUAUCGAAUAAGGACCUUUGAUCUAAGAGUUCAGCCAUUCAGUGUCAAAGAAAACAAAUUCUCUACAGCGCAGGAGUGUUCGCUGGAUGACGACACCAUUUUAAUCCCGAUUGCAGUUGGCACUGCUCUUGUAAUCUUGAUUGUUGUUAUAGUGUUUGCUUACGUAAUUGGCAGAAGAAAAGGCUAUGCUGGAUAUCAGACAUUGUAAAUCGUGUGACUUCUCUCUCUUGG